AACAACGCGCGUUGCAUCAUGGGAUAGAAAUGGCCAUAUGCUCGUCUUGCGACGAAGUUGUCUGCGUAGGUUACAGCUAACUUUGCGCCUAAAAGUUGUCCACUUGCGCAGCUUUGUAUUUAGCGAUACCAACUCUUAGCGACAGAGGGAGGACGGAAGAUACUUCUAAUACGUAACUGGCAGUCGGGAAAGAGACGAGGCAUGUUGAGGAGAUGGACAAGAAGCAGCCGCAGCACGCUCCAGCUGUUGAUGACCUGCAGACUGCGUUCAAGAAGUUGAGGGUCAAUUUCAACAGUGAAGGGCGGCGAGUGGCCUCCGGUCUUCAGAAGCACCACCACCACCAUCACCACCACUAUAACCACCUUUCUGCUCCGGUGCGCAAGUUCCGGUCACGGUCCACGUCCAUGAGUGCCCCCGACGCCAGCAGCACGGAGCAGAAGUUGGCUGCUGUCUCCGAGCAACUGCAGCAGGCCAGGCUAGAACCCUCGCCUGCCUGCCCUCCCAACAAUGUCUGCCCUACAGUCAAGACGCCACCCGGGCCAGAUCUGACGUGCUCGCAGCAGGCGAGGAUGGACGACACGACCGUCGACGAGCUCGCGGGAUAUUUCGACAACCUCGUCUACAUCCCGCGAAAGAUGUCCGUGAUGGCCGAAAUGAUGUACACGUAACAGCGUCGGCCGUAUUAUGACGCACAGCCCGAAAAUGAAACGGAGUUGACCUCCGUUGCUAUUAUCUUGCCGGUUUGUGCCGAGGCAAUUUGUGCCGAGGCAAUAAACCGUAGGCAAACGAAGGCUGCAGAGGUAGAAAGUUCAUCGCCCCUCUUAUCCCCUACCCCAUAUUUCGUGAUUUCGUGAUACAGGUUUCUUACGCGCUUGCUUUUACUGGCCUAGAGCAAAACGUUUGUCCCCCUCCUUUGUGAUAAGUGGGCCCCGCCUCUCUCUUGUACAGUUAGGUGAAGGCAAGCACAUGCUCGUCUCUUGUCGCAGUUUUUUGUAAGCCGAGGAGUGUGUUUUAUUUGGAGGUGUGUGCUUAUUGAGAGUUUUUCAUUCUUUGUACUUGAUAAACUGCGCAAGACUGUUUGCUAAGAUCAAACUCGUAAUGUGUAUUGGAUACAAUGCGCUGCAAUAUGCCAGAGUAAGUACGCACGGAAGGUUUGUGUGCGGGCAACUGUUACAGUGCCGUGCUAUCAAACCCCCGAAUCCCUCGGCGCAGCAUGCAGUUGUGUCCAGUCAUGUCUUUACAACAGUCCUUAGUCUAGCAGUGAGGUUUCAGAAGCCAGGUGAAUGCGUUUAGAAGUAUAGCCGAGUGUGUGCCCGCAGCCGUGUGUGAUGCGUCGUGUGUGAAAACCGCAGUAGAGACCCCUUGGCCGAGCAGCAAAAGGAUGUGAUGGCUGGGUGAUUUCCUGUGCGCCAAAGAGAACCCCUUAGACAACCUUUUCUAGCUUUACUACAAUUUUUUUAAUGCCUCACGGUGGCAACUUCGGUGUGUGGUUCCCUCUGGUGAGAGUUAUGUGCAGGUUGUCGG